AAAAACUAAACAAAAAAAGAUGCUGUAUUAUAAUAUGCAAAUAUUCUAAGUCAACGGACCACACAUAUAUCAAAUUGGUUUGGUGACACCCAGAGUGGUGACACCGCAUCUAGUCAGCCAAUGACAUGAGAGUAAGCAAUGCACGUGCUGCUGCAGCUGUCACUCGUGUCACUGUUGUUAUCGGUCCAGGUUUCAUCGACACGUGACAGUGAUCCUACAGAAAAAUAGGUGACAAAGUGCAAAAAUUUGUCAACACUCACUUGCAAUGACAGAUAAAGUUCAGGAGCUCGUUUCAAAGUGUCUGCAGGCCCGGGACAUGGCCUAUUGUCCAUACAGCCGCUUCCCCGUCGGUGCCGCCAUUCUAACAGCAGAUGGCGCUAUAAUCACAGGGUGUAAUGUAGAGAACGCCUCGUACGGUCUGACCGUGUGUGCAGAGCGGACGGCCAUCCAGAGAGCUGUGGUGGAGGGACACAGACAGUUCACAGCCAUCGCCGUGACAUGUGACAUCAAAGACAGUUUUGUUGGCCCAUGUGGUGCAUGUCGACAGGUUCUCAUGGAGUUUGGACCAAACUGGACUGUGUACUUGACCAAACCGGACGGUUCAUACAAAGAAACCAGCCUCAGUGAACUGUUGCCUCUAGCCUUUUCCCCAGUGCACCUUGCAAAGGACUAAUAAAGUUUCAACUGCAUGGA